GGUGAAGUGGCACAGCACGGGUGAAAGCUACCAGUCUCGAUCAUCAGCUCGCUCUCACUCUGCAAGCACUUUGGCUAACUCUUAUCUAGCAAGCUUUUAGCUAGCUAGCUAGGGAUGCUUGCUAUAUAGUAGUCUCCUUGCACGCCGCAUGCAUUGUCAUUGUGAUACCUACUAGCUAUAGCAGCUCUAUAAAUUGGUGCAACUAUUGGCUGCCCCAUAUCACACAUCUUGCAACCUCUGCAUUGCAUUAAUAGAGAGAGAUGGCCAGAGAAAUGGAGAAGCCAAGGAAGGCUACUUCUUCCCCUAAUAAGAGCUCAACGAAUCAUACCGGUCCCAAGAGCCCGGUGAGGAAUGGAGGAGGGUCUCCGCCUCAUAAGAAGAACACUACUGAGCCACGUGGACGAAAAAAUGAGCAGCAAAACGUUCGAAAAGGAGGUCAUCAAGACUCGUUGUCUCAUGAUGAGAGCAAACGCCGUUCUUCAUCAACUGCACAAACCUCACCCAAGUCUCAGAGAUCACCGAGACACGAACAACCCCUGAGCUACAACAGGCUUCACACUGAGGAGAGAGCAAUAAGGCGGGCUGGCUACAAUUAUCAGGUUGCAAGCAAGAUAAAUACCCAGGAAAUCAUUCGCAGAUUUGAAGAGAAGCUUGCACAGUUGAUGGAGGAGCGCGAGAUAAAGCUGAUGAGGAAGGAGAUGGUUCCCAAGGCUCAACUUAUGCCAGUAUUUGACAAGCCAUUCCACCCACAAAGGUCGACGAGGCCUCUGACGGUGCCAAAGGAGCCAAGUUUCCUGAGGCUGAAAUGCUGCAUCGGUGGAGAGUUCCAUCGCCAUUUUUGCUACAAUGGAGCCAAUAAUAAGGCCAUCAAGUAGUCCAUAUAUACAUGCAGAAAAUACACCUGUGCCUAUACAAGUACAAGACGAAUUGAAGUAUUUUUGCCGUUGCACAAUGAGAGCCUACAUAAGUUCAAUACAAUCCACACAAGCAUGCAUGCAUAAAUAGCAGUGUCCUCCCACAUGUACGCACGAAUUUUCACGUAGCACACAGAUGUGGUUGCUGAUGACGCAUGUAAAUUUCCCCCGGCCCCCUUUAACUUUCACUUUUUUUUUCAUCUUUAUUAAUUUUCCAUCUUUCUCUUUUCCUUAUUAGCUAUAGCUUGUUCAUUGUAAUUUGCCCCGAGAUCCAUCCACAGCACUGCGCAAUUGUACUGAAAAGCUAGCUAGGAAACAAAAAGGGGUCAUGAGGACGCUGCAUGCGCCAUGUAUGUCUGUUGGCAGCAAUAAAGCUUGCAUAUAGUAGAGUGCCAUGA